AGAUGUUGCUGUCAGCUCUGGUGUUGUUUACUAUUGCAGUGCCUUUCACCCUAGCACGAAUAGAACGUGCUAACCAAGAGGCUUCGUUCACGAAGGGGAUAAACGAAAUAGCUUCGGUUCUGGAUGAGUACCAAAGACGUUGCUCGGUUAAACUGUCAGACAAGUUAGAAGAAAAGUUAAGAGACCUAACGAACACGACGGAGAUGCAGUGGAAAGUGAUCCAAACAUUACAGGAAAAUGUUACCAAAGCCAUUGUUAGGACAGACGAACUGAUAGAAUACAACCAGAAGAUUUCGCCGACUCCUGUGCCGGAUCUUUGUGCUUGGCCCUUCAAAAGAGUUGCUGGAAGCUGUUUCUGGAUUCACAAGAACCCGUCUUUAACCUGGGAGAAGGCCAGAGCAUUUUGCCAACAAGAAGGGGGUGAUCUGGCUACUCCGCAGGACAUAGGUGCUGUAAUCCGAUUUCUCAACAGGGAACUCUCCAGAGAAUGGCUAUUUGUCUGGUUUGGAGGGAAAAAAAGGCAUGACUCUUGGUACUGGCUGUCAGGGGAGCGGCAAAUGAACGUCAGCCGGGAAUACUGGUCCGAUUACGAUCGAUGAUCAUGUGCAAUGUUCCACGGAAGAAAGGGCUACAACAUUGGUGCGGCUGGGUGUGAUGAAGAGUGUUGGUACCUUUGUGAGAAAAAGGUCUUUUAGCAAGAGUAGAACUCAUAUUCAAAGUAAUUGUAAGAACUAAAGGAUGUAUUUUGGUUUUAAUGUGUCCACACUAAUGGUCUGAAGCAGCUUGUACUUCUAAGUAGACUUGUUCUCCAAUUUGUUGGUUUUUCAAGCUUCAGAAGUGGAUACUGAUCUGUUAAUAUCAAGACUUCCAAGGGUUUAAGUGUUGUAAUGAUGAGAGAUACAAGCAUUGUGAAAGGAAACAUAGAUUUGAAUGAUAAAACAAUGCAUUCUUUGGAUACAAAAAAUAAAAAAUGGUA